AUGCCCGCCAUACGUCAUUCUUCGAAGCGCAAGCCCCCUCCCGACGGCUUCAGCGACAUUGAAAACGAUUUACUGAUCUUUUCCAAUAAAAUGAAGGAUGCUCAAAACAAACCGCCCCCUCAAGGCCCAAAACACCAGGCACAAUGGGAAAUUUUUCAAAUUGCGCAUCAAAGAAGUCGCUACGUUUACGACUUGUAUUAUGAGAAAGAGGCCAUCAGUAAACAAUUAUAUGAGUGGCUGCUAAAGAAUGGUUAUGCCGAUGCCAUGCUCAUUGCCAAGUGGAAAAAGCAGGGGUACGAGAAGCUCUGCUGCCUGCGAUGUAUCCAAACAAAAGAGACAAAUUUCAACAGCACAUGCAUUUGCAGAGUGCCCAAGGUCGAACUGAAAGAAAGUCAUGAAGACAGGCAGUGUGUCAACUGUGGCUGUCGCGGUUGCGCUUCAAGCGACUGA